GAAAAAAAGAAAGGAAAGAGAAGAGAAUUUUUUUUCUCUUUCUUUUUGUUCUUUUCUCUUUUUUCUUUUCUCUCUCUUCCUCUCCUUCUGUUGAACAACAACAAACAUCAUGUGAAGACAUUUUCUUUUUUUUUUUACUUCGUGUCGUUCAUUUAAAUCCAUGGAAUUAGAGAUUAACAUGGAUUAAAAGAAUUUCCUUCUUAGUUCCACUAUGUGAGUUGACCGGUUGAACGAAUUAACUGGUUACCUAAUGUGAUUAAUUUCUGUUAAUUAUUCUUCUUGUUUUCAAUUCAAUUCUUUUUUAUUUUGUUCUCUUUUUGAUUUUCCAUUUACAAUUUUUACUUUUGUUUAUUUUUCUUUGCCUUCUUCUUGGUGUUUGGGUGUGAAUUUUAAUUGUGAUUCCAACAUCAUCUGAAUUGAUUUGUUCUAAAUUCCAUCCGGUAUCUUUAAACUGAUCAUGUCUUUUUCUGUUGCCACCAAAGUUUUCAUCACAUCAACUUAUUCCAUUCCUUUAAUCUAUGUGAUCAACCGUUUGAUUGAUAAAAGCGGGAUAACUCCUUUUUUUAUCUCUUUACUGACCAUCCUAAUUGGUGGAUUAGUUUUAAUCACCAUAAUCAAGUCUACUCGUAAUGGUGUCCCAAGAAACAAUCGUUACCCUUUUUACAUUUUUGGAACAAUUUGUUUCAUUAGUGUUUCCUGUCUAAUUAUAGCACUGGAAUUGGAAAGUUUAAUCUCAGGUUUCACCAAUUCUUUUCUUAAACAUGGAGAACCCCAUUUAAGAUCUUCAUUUGGAGCCAUGAUCUGCCAUUGGAAUGGAAUUGUUAAUCAUGCAUUAGCCUUGAUGAUUGUUGCUGCUAUUACAUGGAGCAAUGAUUACACCGAUACUUUAUGCUUUUGGCUUGGUUCUUGGUUGAAUAAUAGCCUCGUUUUAUUGAUCGGUAUUAUGGUCGGUAAAACUGGCCUUAAUGGAGGUUUUCUCAUGUAUUUACCAUUUAUAUUUGUUCCCUGUCACAUGGCCUAUUGUGUUUUAAUCAAGAAACAAAGGAAAACCACCAAAUCCACAAUUAACCAACAAAAUCAAUCAGAUGAAAUUGAUUUCAUAUGGAAACGGCCUUUUGACCUAAUACUUUGUUUUAUAUUUUUACUAUCGACUUUGAUGACUCUUCUUCGUGGCCUUGCUGUUCUGGACAGUCCAUUUUGGUUGUGUACCAGUUAUACAAAAUCCGUUGAACCUUACCUGUUAUCCUCAACUCCAGCACCUUUUGCUAAAAUUCAAAUGAUUAUCUAUUUAUUUUACUAUUUACCCUUUUAUUUGUAUGCAAUUAACCGGUUAAUUGUUAAUCGUUGUACUAAUAAUCAAACAAUGUCCAAACUAAGUGCAUUCCUGGCUGGAGCUGUUAUUGCUGCCCAAUUUACUCAUAUUGGUUCAUCUUUCCAUUCAAGAACACCCUAUAUACUUAGGGUGCCCUCUGAUUUUAUGUCACAACUUUUAUUCUGGUCAAUUAACUUAAUCUUAACCAUUGGUCCUAUUUUACUCGCAAUUAGAUGCAAACAAGAUGAAUCAACAGAAACAUAUGAAGACGAUGAAGAUAAGGUAACAAGUUUUGAUCAAAAGAAAUCAACUGAUUAAAAACAAUUACAAUUGUUUCCAAUCAAGAUUUUUUUUCAAUGUAAAUGUUUUUAUUUUAUAUUUUCCAAAAAGAAAUAAAUUUAUAUAAAUUGCAAGACAAACAA